UGGCCCUCAGUUGAUAAGCGCGUGCGCAAGUCAGAACUUUCUUCUCACUUCCAUACUCUCUCCAUACUCUUCGCACAGGGAAAAAACUUAGAAGGCUACGAUGGCAGGUGUGGUGGUAAUGAACAUGUCCUUCAAAGUGGGUCAGACCCUAACCGUCACAGGGGUCCCCAACGCAGGUUCAACCAACUUUGCCAUUAACAUUGGGAACAGCAAGGAUGAGCUGGCCCUGCACAUGAACCCCCGCUUCGACGCCCACGGCGACCAGCGCGCGGUCGUCUGCAACUCCUAUAUGGGUGGCAGCUGGUGUGAGGAGCACAGAGAGGGAGGCUUUCCCUUCAACGAGGGCGAGGAGUUCAAGAUCCUGAUGACCUUUACCAAUUCAGAAUUUGAGAUCACUCUUUCAGACGGCUCUCAGAUCCACUUCCCUAACCGCCUGGGUGGAGAAAAGUACAAAUACAUGCACUUUGAGGGGGAUGUCAGGAUUAAUGGCUUUGAGAUCAAGUAGAUCUGUCAGCAGCGGGGCCUAAAUCAUGCCUUCUAGCAAAUAUCUGGUUCCACCGCUGUUCUGUAUGGUGCUUCUGUGCUCAGCUACACAUUCUAAGUAUCCAAAGUACUGCAUUUGUAACAGGAAACAUACUGAUAACCCAACUUUCCCAGCAGGCUUGUGCACUUCUUGAUGCAGGUUGGUUUUCUGAUAACACAUAUGAAAUCAUGAAGAUACCAGUCUUGACCACCAGGGGAGUCAGAGACUAACAUAUAACAGAAGACCUCUGCAGUGUUUUACCAUCACAUGAUGGUAAAAUGUGAAAUUUGCAAAUAGCACCCCAUCUGUUCCAAACCUUUCAUGCUAACAUCAUUCCACAUUGUUGACCAAUUGAUUCAGUGCUGACAGUGUUUUUUGUAACAAAUUGAAGCUGCAUUAAAAGUCCUUGAUUCAAUGCAA